UCUUUUCCCUUCCCCUCCCCCUCCUUUGCCUGUCUCCCUUUCCCUUCCAUCCAUCUUAAAGGAAGGAAGCACCCGCCUGAGUUCCCCUACCAGGGACACACCCAGCGCUCCUCAAGCCAGGGGAGAGGUCCUUUCCAGAGCCUGGAGCCACUCCUGACCUCCAGGGCGCAUGAGUGUUUGUGAGGGGGUGAACUCGAGGUGGUGGUGGAGAGAGAGCAGGAGAGAUAACCCGCUGGCAGGCUCCCCUGAGUCAGGGAGGAACUGUGUGUGUGAGCGCAGGCCUCCGCCAGGUGGGCCGCGCCACAGAAGAGGCAGCCAGCAAGGUCUACCUGUGAAUGAAUGAAUGGUCCUUGUGGUUCGUGAAAGUGAUCUGUGUGCACGACCUAAGGCAGAAUCCUUAGCCAGGAUGGAGGCGGUUGUGAACUUGUACCAGGAGAUAAUGAAGAAUGCAGAUCCUCGGAUCCAGGGCUACCCUCUGAUGGGGUCCCCCCUGCUAAUGACCUCUAUCCUCCUGACCUAUGUGUACUUCGUUCUUUCACUUGGGCCUCGCAUCAUGGCCAAUCGGAAGCCCUUCCAGCUCCGGGGCUUCAUGAUUGUCUACAACUUCUCACUGGUGGCUCUCUCCCUCUACAUUGUCUAUGAGUUCUUGAUGUCUGGUUGGUUGAGUACCUACACCUGGCGGUGCGAUCCUGUGGACUAUUCCAACAGCCUGGAGGCACUAAGAAUGGUUCGAGUGGCCUGGCUCUUCCUCUUCUCCAAGUUCAUCGAGCUGAUGGACACGGUGAUCUUCAUUCUCCGGAAAAAAGAUGGCCAGGUGACCUUCCUACAUGUCUUCCACCACUCAGUGCUUCCCUGGAGCUGGUGGUGGGGGGUACAAAUUGCCCCGGGAGGAAUGGGCUCUUUCCACGCCAUGAUCAACUCCUCUGUGCAUGUCAUCAUGUAUCUGUACUAUGGGUUGUCUGCCCUCGGCCCUGUGGCUCAGCCCUACCUGUGGUGGAAAAAGCAUAUGACAGCCAUCCAGCUGAUCCAGUUCGUCCUGGUCUCACUGCACAUCUCCCAGUACUACUUCAUGCCCAGCUGCAACUACCAGUACCCCAUCAUCAUCCACCUCAUCUGGAUGUACGGCACCAUCUUCUUCGUGCUCUUCUCCAAUUUCUGGUAUCAGUCCUACACCAAAGGCAAGCGGCUGCCCCGUGUGCUUCAGCAGAAUGGAGCUCCAGGUACCACCAAAGUCAAGGCCAACUGAGAAGUGUGGCCUAGCUAGGUGCCCACCUAAGUGCCUCAGGACUGCGCCUUGGGCAGCAUCUGACUUCUCCCCACCUACACCGGUGACCUGUGACCAGGGCUUACGUGGUCAGGACUGAGCAGGGGACAGGCCCUCCCCUCCCCACAGCUGGUACACAGGGACCAUGGCUUCCGUUCCUCACCCGCUUCUCCCGGCCGGCAGCAAGGACAUGGCCUCAUUGCCCUCUGCUACUCCAGAGCUGGGGGGCCGAAAGGGCUGGACACAUUUCCCCCUCCCUGCCUUAAACUUGGGAGAGGAGCACUCAGGACUGGCCCCCACCAGGGUCUUGUGGCCUUUUUCCUCACACUGAAGAGGUCAGCAAUAAUCUGUCACUGUGCACCCAUGAUCCCUCCUUCUCUCCCCCACACUGAAGCAGAAGCUUCUUGGCCAAAGGUCAGGGUGGCUGGGGGGCUUGGGCUCACUCGCUUAGGUCUUCAUUAAAAGUGACAGAGGAAACCAC